UACCAAAACUCCAGCCAUCAGCGGAUCAGCCCCAAUCCAACAGCUGGCUUCGGUUCUGUUCCUGGCAGAGAUCCAAAGAUAGCACAACCGCAUCUCACUCCCUAUUUUAGAAUCCCUCUCCCUCCUCGAGGAGGUUGAUCGAUCGAGCAUACGAUCCAAGAGGUUGAAGUAGCAAUUUGAGAAAGAAACAAAGAAAAGAAGCAAUUUUUUAGAGACAGAGGCCAUGGCAGCAGUGAUGGUGGCGAGGCAGGGGCGGGAGCUGCAGCGGUACAGCGACAGCACGGGCGGGCGCGUCGUGGUGGGCUGCAUCCCGUACCGCGUGCGCGCGGACAACGGCGAGGUGGAGGUGCUGGUGAUCAGCUCGCAGAAGAAGGGCACGGCGGGCGGCGUGCUGAUCCCCAAGGGCGGGUGGGAGCUGGACGAGUCCAUGGACGAGGCGGCCCAGCGCGAGGCUAUGGAGGAGGCUGGCGUGGCCGGCGAGGUCGCGGGCCCCGCGCUGGGCCGGUGGUGGUACCGGAGCCGGAGCUACGACGCGACGUACGAGGGGAUCGUGCUCCCGCUGCGCGUCACGCGGGAGCUGGAGCGGUGGCCCGAGAUGAACGCGCGCCGCCGGGCGUGGGUCACCGCCGCGGAGGCCAUCGGCCGGUGCCCGCACUGGUGGAUGCGCGAGGCGCUCCAGCGGUUCGCCGACCGCCUCGACGCCGCCGCCACAGCGGAGACGAUGCUGCUCGGCUCUGCCCUGUAAGCAAGGCGGCCCGUAAGGUGCGGCGUCGCGCUCGCUCGGAUGCUCCCUCCCGCGUUUUUUCGGCCGCGCUCGCGCGCGCGGGACGCCGGCUGCUGCUCCGCUGCAUCUUCGCCGCCGCCCGCGGCUUGUGCCGCCUCGGCUCGGCGGCGGGCUCGGGAUUCCCGGGCCGGUGGGACGGAGACGGGAAGAUUGAAUGUAACACACGAACGUGAGCAUUGUGCUGUGACAGGACACAGCUUGUACAUUCUUGGCUGGCUGGGGAUUUCAAAAUGUAAAUCCCACGUAGUUACCAAAUUCACUGUGAUACGAAGAGGAAACGACAGCAAAGAUUCACUAA